UAGAGGGGAGCAGAGAGUUUAAGCCGUCAGUGAGAAGCAGCUUUAUAUACUGGGGCUAAAUUUAGGACGAGUUACCUCCAUCCUGAACGUAUUUCCUCCGCUUCGUACAAUUGGUUCAGCUUUUCAGCUACAAUAUUUAUAAGGUAGGAUCUCCUACCAAUCAAACUUGCACAUGACUUUGAAACACUACUUCAUAUAAGCAGAAGAGAACUAUUUGCUUUACUAUUUUAGCAAGUUUCUCAAGAGGAGUAAAGUGGACCAACUCAUACAUAUAGACAGAAAGAAAGUUUUUUUAAAAAAAAGAAACGUUUCUUUGCCGCAACAACACAUGGAAAUGGCCUUAAGUGGGACCAUUUUACCUUCAAUUUCAACUUUUGCGAAUCCCAGGGAAAAAAGUUGGGAAAACAGGUGGAAAAGUGAUAUUUUGCCGAACAUGGACAACUGCCUAACAAGAAAAGACGACGAGGAUCUCAGCAAUUAUCUGGAUCUGGAGUUUAUUCUCGCCAACACCACCGGCUCGGAAAACAUAAACGCGCUCGGGGCAGUCGGGGAGUACCCAAUGGUAUCUGUUGAACCGGGCACCCUCUACCAAACAGGGAACACCCCAGCCGCCUACACAGUGCCUGAACACAGCAGUCCUCCUCCUUCGUACAACUCCAGUCUCAUGGCGGAGCUCCUGAGGUCUGAAAUCGACAACAAUUACUGUCUUUCCAACAACGUGCCUAACAACAUCCAGGGGAGGUUCCUGGUCACCUCGGCUUUCCCCAGCCAGGACUUUGCAGAUGGCAUCAAAGUGGAACCCGCUAUGGACGGUUACGGACCCGUUAUGGGCAUGGUCCCCCAGUCCUGCUCCAAGAUCAAGCAGGAGGGGAACGUGUCCUGCAUGAUGUCCUUCGAACAGCCCAGGCUGGCCAAUUCCCCGCAGGCGGCGGGCAACAUGACCCCGCCGCUGAGCCCCAACGACCUCAUGACGGCCGACUGCCAGCCCCCGCUGUGUCAUUCCCUGACUUUCCCCCAGAACUUCCACGCCGCGCCGAGCUUCACGCAUCCCCACCCGCCGCCGCCGCCGCCGCAGAUGCAGCUCCCCUUCCAGAGCGCGCACCAGUACGGCAUGUACGACGAGGGGCUCAGCCUGCCGCCCUCCACGCAGAGGGUGCUGCUCACGCCGCCGUCCUCGCCCCUGGAGCUGCUGGACUCCAAGCCCAAGAGGGGCCGCCGGUCCUGGCCGCGGAAGCGAACGGCCACGCACACCUGCACGUUCGCCGGCUGCGGCAAGACCUACACCAAGAGCUCGCACUUGAAGGCGCAUCACCGGACACACACAGGUGAGAAACCUUACCACUGUAGCUGGGAAGGAUGUGGGUGGAAGUUCGCCCGCUCCGACGAGCUGACCCGUCACUUCCGCAAGCACACCGGGCACCGUCCCUUCCAGUGUCACCUGUGCGAGCGCGCCUUCUCCAGGUCCGAUCACCUGGCGCUGCACAUGAAGAGACACAUGUAGAGCCGGCGCCGGCACACGGCUAUGGACUAUGCAAAAACACAACCAAAACAACAAAUCUGGAUUUUUUUUUUAAAAUAUAUAUAUAUAACUGUAUGAUCAUUUCUAUUUAAUGGUUAUUGAGAAAAGG